AUGGAGAAGAUGAGUGAUGGUGUCCAGGAAGAGGAGGGCAGAGCAACGUCUGUUAUGUCUGACUGUCUGUCUAUGAGGAGCGACCGGUUUGAGGAUUUUUCUCCUGACUCCAGUGAAGAACCAGGACCCUCAGAUUCACAGUAAGAGAAACACUUUUUAACCUCCAAACUCUCAAACAGUAAUUUAUGAUGCUCUAAAUUCUGACCCCUCUGUUUUCUACCAUGGUGAGAUAAAUGAUCUUAAACGCUGAUUUUCCUGUUGAACCUCCAAACCUGGAGAAAGUAAAGAAAAAGUCACUGAGCACAGAUUUACUUAUUAUUUCUAAUGUUUAUAAAAAUGAAGGUGGUAUAAAACAGCAUUAGAAAAGGAUUCUGACCUCUGUAUUUUCUGAUUUGGUUCCUGUGUUUGGGACGUUUUGAGCCUGUAAGUCUUUGGACUGUGGUGUAUAGACCCCAGAAAACAGUCUCUGGGUCAGAAAAUACCAGAAGACCAACGAAGAAAUAAAUCCUGAGAAAUAAAAACUCAUUCAGAGCAUCUGUCUGUUAUUAGACCUUUAGAUCUGAUUGUUAAAAAAUGUUUGAAACUGUCAGAGAAAAUCUCUCGACCUUCAAAAAUCACAGUUUAGUUUUUUCUCCUGUCUCCACACUUUGAGGCAGCAGCAGCUGAAUAUUUUACUGUUUUAUGUUAGAGAAAAGAGAAACUCUGGUUUAAUAAAUGUUUCUUCUUCUGAAUCUUUCAAACAUGAAAUGAUAAAUAAAAUAAAUGUUUUUUAUUUCCAUAGAGAGACACAGAGAUGUGACUCUGUGGAGGAGCAGCUGUCCAGCUCUGAUGGAAGUAAGUCUGAACAUCUGUCCUCUAAAGUCUGUGGAUGAAAACUCAGCUGACUGAUUCUCACAAAGACGUUUUCGUGUUGAGAAGUUUGGUUCAUUUUAUUUUUCUUCUCUUUCAGAAGAUGGCGGUCUGCAGGAGGUUUUAGAAGAACAUAAGAUCAGUCUGAAGAGGAGAUGUGAAUGUGUGAAUGAAGGAAGUGAUGAAACAGGAAGUAGUCAAACCCUCCUCAACAGGAUCUUCACUGAGCUCUACAUCACAGAGGGACUGAGUGAAGAGGUGAACACACAACAUGAGGUGAGACAGCUGGAGACAGUUUCAAAGAUGAAGACCCUCCAUGACACGCCCAUCAAGUGUCAUGAGAUCUUUAAAACCUUACCUGACCAACAGAAGAAGCUCAUCAGAGUGGUUCUGACCAACGGCGUGGCUGGUGUUGGAAAAACCUUCUCAGUGCAGAAGUUCACUCUGGACUGGGCAGAGGGUUUGGAGAACCAAGACCUCCAUCUGGUGAUCCUGCUUUCAUUCAGGGAGCUGAACCUGAUCAGAGAUGAGUGCUUCAGUCUUCUGAGUCUGCUCCAUGUUUUCCAUCCAACACUAGAGAAGGUCACAGCAGAGACGCUGGCUGUCUGUAAACUUCUGUUCAUCUUUGACGGUCUGGAUGAAAGCAGACUGUCUCUGGAUUUCACAGACUCUGAGGUGGUGUCUGACGUCACACAGAAGUCUUCACUCAACGUUCUGUUAACAAACCUCAUCAAGGGGAACCUGCUCCCCUCAGCUCUCAUCUGGAUAACUUCUCGACCUGCAGCAGCCAAUCAGAUCCCUCCUUCACAUGUGGACAGGGUAACAGAAGUACGAGGCUUCACUGACGCCCAGAAGGACGAGUACUUCAGGAAGAGGUUCAGAGAUGAAGAUCUGUCCAGCAGAAUCAUCUCACACAUCAAGUCCUCCAGGAGCCUCCACAUCAUGUGUCAGAUCCCGGUCUUCUGCUGGAUCACUGCGACAGUUCUGGAGGACAUGAUGAGCAGAGAGCAGAGAGGAGAGCUGCCCAAGACCCUGACGGACAUGUACUCACACUUCCUGCUGGUCCAGACUAAGAGGAAGAAGCAGAAGUAUGAAGGAGGACAUGAGACAAGUCCUCAGGAGCUGAUGGAGGCUGACAGUGAAGUCCUCCUGAAGCUGGGGGGGCUGGCCUUUGAACAUCUGGAGAAAGGAGACAUCAUGUUCUACCAAGAAGACCUGGAGCGGUGUGGUCUGGAUGUCUCAGAGGCCUCAGUGUUCUCAGGAGUUUGUACAGAGAUCUUCAGAAGAGAGAGUGUGAUCUUCCAGAAAACAGUUUACUGUUUCGUUCAUCUGAGCGUUCAGGAGUUUCUGGCUGCAGUCUACAUGAUCCACAGUUUCACAAAGAAGAGGAAGACAGAAGCUCUGGAGAGUUUCCUAAGAGACAACAAACACAAAGACACAAUGUUUUCUUAUUUUUCUGAAAACAUUGGUUACAUUUUCUCAUCUCUGGAUGUCCUCCUGAAGAGAGUCGUGGAGAAAUCCCUUCUCAGUAAAAACGGUCACCUGGACCUGUUUGUUCGCUUCCUUCAUGGACUCUCUCUGGAGUCAAACCAGAGACUCUUAGGAGGUCUUCUGGGUCACACAGACAACAGUCCAGGAAUGAUCCAAACAGUCAUGUACAACCUGAAGGAGAUGAACAGUGAAGAUAUCUCUCCUGACAGAAGCAUCAACAUCUUCCACUGUCUGACGGAGAUGAACGAUCUGUCAGUUCAUCAGGAGAUCCAAGAGUUCCUGAAGUCAGAGAACAGAUCAGAGAGGAAACUCUCAGAGAUCCAGUGCUCUGCUCUGGCCUACAUGCUGCAGAUGUCAGAGGAGGUUCUGGAUGAGUUGGACUUAGAGAAGUAUAACACAUCAUUCCUGGGAAAACAGAGACUGGUCCCAGCUGUGAGGAACUGCAGAAAGGCUGUGUAAGUCCAGGUUUUAUUCUCAGAAUAGUGUAAAAUUUAGAAGAACUACAGGGAUCAUUUACACUGUAAAUGAUCCCUGUAGUUCUUCCAAUGUCCACGUUACUGAUGAUGUUCUUCUUCAAAUAGAAAUCGACUCAAAUAUCAGGGAGGGGGUUUCUUUAGCAAAAACAUGAUUCUGGUGUCUAAAGUCCUGUUAGCCCAGGAUGAGGUCUACCUGUGGACCCCUGAGAACUUGUCCUAAUCAAGGAGGACCUCUUUGUUUUGAAUCGUGUCUGUAAUGAAUAAAGUGGAACUUUCAGGACAAAUCGGCGACCAUAUCUGAGGACACACAGAGGUCUUCUGAUGAUGGUAUCAGUCCAGAUCAACAUCUCAGUCAGUUGUGGUGAACUUGAGUUUGAAGAAGGUGUCUGCAGCUUCUUCCUGCUGGUUUUCAGGUUGGAAAUGAUGAAUCUGUUGUAAAUGAGGGUGUUGACAGCAUUGAUGGUGAAAAUAGAACUGGAUCAUUUUCUACACAGUGGCAGAACUGUCUCUGUGCCAUCAUGAAAACUAACAUCCUUUCCUACCACUCACUGGAGAUUAUCUGCUGGACUAGAACAUAUGAAUGAUGAGAACACAGGAGGUAUUUGGACAGCAGCUCCAUGAGUCUGAAAACAAUGGUGGAAAUAGGAUGUUAAUCUCUCUCUCUCUCUCUCUCUCUCUCUCUCUCUCUCUCUCUCUCUCUCUCUCUCUCUCUCUCUCUCAUGUUGAGGUGUUGGUGGGCUGUAGCGGUCUCAUUUCUCCCCCUCGGCUGCACGCCUCUGUUUAAGAUGUUGAUGUAAAUUGGUCAGACUGCUGCCUUCUGCUGAAACAGCCUGUAAACAAACACUGCAGCAGACUGAGGUUUGAUCCAGGUCUGAGUCUGAGAGACUGGACCAGGUCUAAAGGACUAUAACCAGCAUAGCUGUCAUUAGGUUGAAUUAAAGCAGGUACCCAUAUUGAUCCUCCAUGUUCAUAUUAUCAGAACUCAUUAUUGAUACCUCACUUCAUGAUUUAGUGUAAACAUUUAAAAAAGUGAAGAAAACAUGUUCAAAGAUAAAUUUCCUGUGGCUCCAAAUUCUACUUUAUGUAUGAACCACACGUAUUAGCAAGAAUUAAUCUGUUAUUUAUAUUCAUGAGAACGUACCAGAAAGGUCAAAUAAACUCAGACCUAACUUAGACAGCAGCUGUUCUGGUUUUACUUAGAGACAGAGAGACAGAGAGAGAGAGAGAGAGAGAGAGAGAGAGAGAGAGAGAGAGAGAUGACCAGAGCCCAAAGACAGAGGUACAGUGGGUCUUUGUUUCUGUCUCUUAAAGGUCUCUCUGGAUUCAUCAGGUUUUCUAAACGUGUUUCUGCUGCUGAAGCGAAUGUUACAUAGAGAAAAAAUUUUGAUUGUGAAAACAAAGAAAUCUUCAACUCUUCAAAUGUUCAGAGUCAAACCAGCUCUAACCUGCUAAAAAAUGAUUUUAUCCGAACCAAUCAUAGACAAAGGAGCUGCUGUGAUUUAGUGAGUCGUCCUCUGAUUGGUCAACAGUUUCUAUGGAAAGACUUACAUUACAGCAGGAUGUCAACAUUAAACACUGAGAGGAGCACUGAUUCUCCAAGAGGUACUUUGGAUACUAACCAAUCACAUACCAGGACCAAAAACCUGGUUCUCAGUCCCCUUCUCCAACCAGAACUCAAGAAUUCACUCAGUCAUAAUGAUCCAGCUGCACUAACAUGAAGACAACACUGUUAGAGAACAGAAUGACUAAAAUAAGUCAUUUGUCUUGAACAUCUGAACAGUUUUUUUUUCUUCUAAACUUUGACUUCCUGUCUUCUCUCAUGGCUGUGGUCCUGAUAUUAGUAUCUGUCUGGUUAAAAACAGGCCGUCUGUCAAACCAAAGAUCAUGUUUGUUUUUGGUGAAGAGAAACAUCAAAUUACCCUUUAAUGAAAUACUGUUUGAUAUUUAUGUUGUUUCAGACUUUCUGACUGUGGACUCUCAGAGACUCACUGUGAAGUUGUGGCCUCAGCUCUGAAGUCCAACCCCUCCCAUCUGAGACAUCUGGACCUGAGUGUCAACGAUCUGAAGGAUUCAGGAGUGAAGCUUCUCUCUGCAGGACUGGAGAGUCCAAACUGCAGACUGGAGACUCUGAGGUCAGACACCAUUUCCUUCUGAUCCAACAAUAAGAUGUGACAGCUGCUGCCUUAGAUUUUUCUCUGUGGUUUUUCCAUCAACUUUGGUCGAGCAGUUUGAAUUUGUCGUUGUAAAACUUCAACACAGGAAGAAAAAUCCGACAUUUCAGAGUCGACUUUGAGUAGAACGAUGGCUGUAGAAAGGAAGCAGGAGAAAAUCAGUCCCACAAAUAUUACACAUGCUUGUAGAGGGCAGGAGCAGCACAGACUAAAGGCUGAUAUUGAACUGAUCCACAAUAAUGUGAUCACUAAUGAAUGAAUGAAGUGUCAGAGAAAUGAGGAGCGGCAGAUUGAAACCUGAAGAACACAGGAGUUUCUCACGAUCUCACUAAAGUUUCUGUUUAUUUAUAAUUUUCUUGACUGAAAUUUUCCUCAAGAUUUUCAAAAGUUUUGAGAGGAUUUUACAAAGUUCCUCAAGAUCAACUCUGAAAAAGUUCUGUGUCCUUCAGAGACUCAAGAACAUUGAAUCAUUAAAAGCAGGAACAGUUUCUUCAGAGGUUCACUGAUUUUUCCUUUUUUCAGAUUGAAUUUCUGCAGUUUGUCAGAGAUUAGCUGUGCUUCUCUGGCCUCAGCUCUGAAGUCCAACCCCUCCCAUCUGAGACAUCUGGACCUGGGUCUCAACAAUCUGCAGGGUUCAGGAGUGAAGCUGCUGUGUGACUCUCUGCAGAGUCCAAAAUGUAAACUGGAGACUCUGAUGUAAGUUUAGUCUUUGUCUGUUUCUGUUGUAGAUUUUUAUGCUUAUUCAGUUUUUUUAACCCAAUUCAAAUGUUCAUAGAAUUCUUAAAUAUUUCCAGAACUUUCUUCUUUCUCACAUAAAUUCAUAGUGUUUUUAUUGAAUCAUCAGUCAGAUACAGAUGGAGGAAAACUGUGAGUUAUUUUGUUGAUUGAAAGUUGAUGAUUUUUUAUAAAUGGUUCAGAUGAUCACAGCAGUGAUGUUGACGGGUUUACUUCCUCGGUCUCUAAAUCAUUCAAAUGUUCAAGGAUGCAGUGAACUCACUAUCCAUGCAGCUCAGGAACACAUCUCAUCUUUUUCAUACAGGAAACAUUGUCAACAACAAAGGUGUCUUAAAGUCCCAUCAGUCAGCAGCUUCAGUCACAAACCUUGCUGUCAGAGCUCCGUCAUUUCAACCCUCUGUAUAACUCCUCAGCACAGACCAGACCCUGUAAGAAAAUACUCACAACAUGCUGCUUUAGUUACAACAACAACAAUCAGGUGUUAGCAGAGAUUUCAUCCAGCUCAUCCAGAUCCAGGUCUGAGAUUGUGAGACUGAACCAGGUCUAUAGGGCUAACAAGAAAGACUUUUUAGGGAGCAGAAAACUCUGUUUUUGGCCAUAAUUAGCAUGGCUGUCAUUAGGUUGAAUUAAAGCAGGUACCCAUAUUGAUCCUCCAUGUUCAUAUUAUCAGAACUCAUUAUUGAUACCUCACUUCAUGAUUUAGUGCAAAUAUUUAAAAAAGUGAAGAAAACAUGUUCAAAGAUAAAUUUCCUGUGGCUCCAAAUUCUACUUAAUGUAUUAAACACACGUAUUAGCAAGAAUUAAUCUGUUUAGUACAUUCAUGAGAACGUACUAGAAAGGUCAAAUAAACUCAGACCUAACUUAGACAGCAGCUGUUCUGGUUUUACUUAGAGACAGAGAGAGAGAGAGAGAGAGAGAGAGAGAGAGAGAGAGAGACCAGAGCCCAAAGACAGAGGUUCAGUGGGUCUUUGUUUCUGUCUCUUAAAGGUCUCUCUGGAUUCAUCAGGCUUUAUAAACGUGUUUCUGCUGCUGAAGGGAAUGUUACAUAGAGAAAAAACUUUUACUGUGAAAAACAUAAAUCUUCAACUCUUCAAAUGUUCAGAGUCAAACCAGCUCUAACCUGCUAAAAAAAUGGUUUUAUCUGAACCAAUCAGAGAAAAAGGAGCUGCUGGGAUUUAGUGAGUCGUCCUCUGAUUGGUCAACAGUCAGUGUCUAUGGAAAGACUUACAUUACAGCAGGAUGUCAACAUUAAACACUGAGAGGAGCACUGAUUCUCCAAGAGGUACUUUGGAUACUAACCAAUCACAUACCAGGACCAAAAACCUGGUUCUCAGUCCCCUUCUCCAACCAGAACUCAAGAAUUCACUCAGUCAUAAUGAUCCAGCUGCACUAACAUGAAGACAACACUGUUAGAGAACAGAAUGACUAAAAUAAGUCAUGGAGUCAUUUGUCUUGAACAUCUAAACAGUUUUUUUUUCUUCUAAACUUUGACUUCCUGUCUUCUCUCAUGGCUGUGGUCCUGAUAUUAGUAUCUGUCUGGUUAAAAACAGGCCGUCUGUCAAACCAAAGAUCAUGUUUGUUUUUGGGGAAGAGAAACAUCAAAUUACCCUUUAAUUAAACAUUGUUUGAUAUUUAUGUUGUUACAGAUUUUGGAACUGUGAACUCUCAGAGACUCACUGUGAAGAUGUGGCCUCAGCUCUGAAGUCCAAUCCCUCCCAUCUGAGACAUCUGGACCUGAGUAAAAACAAUCUGCAGGAUUCAGGAGUGAAGCUUCUCUCUGCAGGACUGGAGAGUCCAAACUGCAGACUGGAGACUCUGAAGUGAGACACCAUUUCCUUCUGAUCGAACAAUAAGAUGUGACAGCUGCUGCCUUAGAUUUUUCUCUGUGGUUUUUCCAUCAACUUUGGUCGAGCAGUUUGAAUUUGUCGUUGUAAAACUUCAACACAGGAAGAAAAAUCCGACAUUUCAGAGUUGACUUUGAGUAGAACGAUGGAUGUAGAAAGGAAGCAGGAGAAAAUCAGUCCCACAAAUAUUACACAUGCUUGUAGAGGGCAGGAGCAGCACAGACUAAAGGCUGAUAUUGAACUGAUCCACAAUUAAUGUGAUCACUAAUGAAUGAAUGAAGUGUCAGAGAAAUGAUGAGCUGCAGACUGAAACCUGAAGAACAAAGUUAAUCCAACUCUGGAUAUUUCAUUUGGAAACUCCUGAAAACUUGAAUUUCUUCUUUGCUCAGUCAUGAUCAAAUGUAAAAACCAGAUCCAGAUUUUUCUGCAGUUUUCACUUCAGUUUGUUGAACAUGAACAUCAUCUUGUCCAGUUGGUCCAUAAAAACCUCUCUGAUCAAUGAGCUGUUGGUUUAUUUAAGAGUAGUUUGUCAGUUGUUGACAGCAGACGGACAGACCCCUGAAUAAACUCCUGACUAUUUUCAUCUUCAUGAAGAAUUCAGGACUACAAAAAAACCUUAAAGAUUUCUCACAUUAGUUUCUCAGGAUCUCACUAAAGUUUCUGUUUCUUUAAAAUUUUCUCAACUGAAAUUUUCUUCGAGAUCUUCAAAAGUUUUGAGAUGAUUUUACAAAGUUCCUCAAGAUCAACUCUGAAAAAGUUCUUCUAUGUCCUUCAGAGACACAAGAACAUUGAAUCAUUAGAAGCAGGAACAGUUUCUUCAGAGGUUACGUGAUUUUUUCUUUUUUCAGACUGUGGAGCUGCAGUUUGUCAGAGAUCAGCUGUUCUUCUCUGGCCUCAGCUCUGAAGUCCAACCCCUCCCAUCUGAGACUUCUGGACCUGAGUAACAACAAUCUGCAGGAUUCAGGAGUGAAGCUGCUGUGUGAAUUUCUGCAGAGUCCAAACAAUAAACUGGAGACUCUGGAGUAAGUUUAGUCUUUGUCUGUUUCUGUUGUAGAUUUUUAUGUUUAUUCAGUUUUUUAACCCAAUUCGAAUGUUCAUUGAAUUCUUUAAUAUUUCCAGAACUUUCUUCUUUCUUACAUAAAUUCAUAGUUUUUAUUGAAUCAUCAGUCAGAUACAGAUGGAGGAAAACUGUGAGUUAUUUUGUUGAUUGAAAGUUGAUGAUUUUUUAUAAAUGGUUUAGAUGAUCACUGCAGUGAUGUUGACGGGUUUUCUUCCUCGGUCUCUAAGUCAUUCAAAUGUUCAAGGAUGCAGUGAACUCACUAUUCAUGCAGCUCAGGAACACAGCACAUCUUUUUCAUACAGGAAACUUUGUCAACAACAAAGGUGUCUUCAUGGGACAACAAAGUCCCAUCAGUGAGCAGCUUCAGUCAGAAACCUUGCUGUCAGAGCUCCGUCAUUUCAACUCUCUGUAUAACUCCUCAGCACAGACCAGACCCUGUGAGAACAUCCUCACAACAUGCUGCUUUAGUUACAACAACAACAACAAUCAGCUGUUAGCAGAGAUUUCAUCCAAACAGUCCAGGAUACAAACUUUGAAGUGGUUGGAAAAUGCAGGUGUCCACCGCUCAUGCAGAGUUGACUCAUGAUGAUGAUGUUUUCAUGUCUAGAGGACAUGCUGGAGUGAAUUCAACCAAACCUCCUGAGAAAAAGACAGCAGUGGCAGACAUUAGAUCAGGCUUCAUGACGUCUGUGCGUCCCUUUAUUCAACCAAAUCAGAGAGUUUCCCUCAUGUUUCCAUACAAACAUUAAAUUGUUGAAACUGAAUUUUGUUAGUCAUGAUAAUGUGACAGCUGUUUUGUUUUUUGAGAUUUGGAGUUUUGGUGUUUUAAUUACAGUGAAAUUUGAACACAUUUACUUAAUAUUCAUCUAUUUGUUAAGGAUUAAGUGGAUUAGGAGAUCUCAAAUAAGUGAUUAUUUGGAUCAUGAAUGUAUGAGACAGUAUCAGUCUUGUUUGGAGCUCUGGAGGUCUGCAUACCUAUGUGAGGCUGGUCCUUGGGGAGGAUGGAACAGGUUUCGAAGGUCUGGGCUACCAGCGGUUCAAGAGGUUGGGCUCAGCAGAGGACCGAAGGCAGACGAAGGAUGGGCCUGGAGUCAUAGCACACAGGCCUGAAUGCAAAAAACAGCACCUUAUGGUUCCUUUUGAUGCUCCUUUGGUCUCACCACAAAACUCUACCACAGAGGAUGACUUUGGGCCUGCUGGGUGGUGUUCAGAGGUGACUUUGAAGUAACGCAGAUAAGUAAGAAAUAGAAGCUCGAUGGCCAGUCGAAACUAUUUAAAAAAUGACCGAACUUAAAGAAAAAUCAGGUAAAAACUAUCUUGCAUUGCUAUGUGCUCAAUAAACGUUGAAGUUUCAAAACUUGAACGAAGAUGAUGUUAAGGAAAAAUCAAAAAACAUGGAUGAACAUGUGGAGGAAAACUUGACAAAGAAUAAAGAAUAAACAAAUGACAAAGUGAGAGGAAGAGUGGAUCUGUCUGCUGUCUGACCUUGUUGAUCCUGAUGAAGGUGAGGGAGAAGAGUAAAGCAGUAAAGGUGAUGUUGUUGCAGACAGAGUCAGCUGACCUGUCUCAUCAGAGUCUCAUCCAUUCUCUGUUUGGCAGAGCGCUGAUGUUACAGUCUGAGAGCACAUUCAGGUUCAGGUUCACAUGGGCUGGAUCUGCUCAAUACAAACUCUUGAGACCAGCCUGGUUGAGGGAGGUCGGCUCAGUGUCCUGGGUGACUCUCUCUGAGCUCUUCUUGGUUGAGAGUAUUUCUGGUUUGUCUCUGACUUCCAUGAACUCAGAUCUGGAGGAUUGCUGGCUGGUCCGGUCCAGUGCUGACAGUAGAGACAACACAGUCUGUUAUUCUGGGUUGAGUGUUCUUGUUGAAGAUCAGUGUACAGUGAGGGAUGAAGGCAGACAAAGAUCCUCCUGUUUCCUCCAUGUCACAGUUCAAGUUCAUUUUGAAGACUUUUAUUGAUCCGAGCGCUGAAGAGGAACAGGAAACGUGGAGUAGAGAGUGAGGGAGGACUUACAGCAAAGGAUCAUGGGAGUCCAACCAGCAACUGCUGCAACAAGGACUCCACCUUCUGAACACCUGAACCUCUAAUCCAAACCAGUGCUCCAUCACAUCUGAUGUCUUGUCUGUUAUUUUACAUGGAGGGUCAGAGCAGACCAGAUCAUGAGCUCUGACAGACUGGAUCUGGUCCAAAGGUCUCCUGUUGGAGUUCUCUAAGCUCCAUAUUUUAAACCUGAACACCUGAAGUUUGAUUAUUAAUUAUUUUUAUCUUCAUUCUCUUUCCUUUUUUCAGACUGUGGGGCUGCAAUUUGACAAAGAUCAGCUGUUCUUCUCUGGCCUCAGCUCUGAAGUCCAACCCCUCCCAUCCGAGACAUCUGGACCUGGGUUACAACAAGCUGCAUGAUAUAGGAGUGAAGCUGCUGUGUGCCUUUCUGCGGCGUCCAAACUGUAAACUGGAGACUCUGAGGUCAGACUUUUUUCCUCCAUUCAAACAUAUCAUGAUUUGUUUGUGAUGAUGACACUAAACUGCUGACUCAGGACUGAAACACUGACCCAGACUGAACACCUUCAGUCCAGAGUAGAUUUUCUGCAUCGGUGGAUUAUUUGAUUGACUCCAGUUAGAUCACUGCUGAGCUCCAGUGAAUUAAAACCUGAACACAAGAAGAAAACUCUUUGUAGAGUUCACAGUGAGAAGCACAUUCAGACAGAAAACAGAAGCAGGGGGAGAUUUGUCAGGCGAGAACCAUUCAAACUUUUGUUCAGGACAAGAUCAGGGAAUAGAAAAAACUCAGAGUUUAGUUUCUGACACUGAUGAAAGUCCAGCUCUGUUACUUUGAAUUUGUUUUUGAAUCUUUGUGUGAAAAUCUGAAUUUUCUGGUUUAACUGCACUUUUCUGAAGCCUUGCUGUGUUUAGACUGAAAUAUUUACCUCUCAUAGACGUGAUAUUUUUGGUUCAGCAAAGUGAAAAUAUUCUGAACAUCCUUUAUUUCCCAUCCGUCCUGAAGUCGCUGACAUUUUCUGAAAAUAUUGAUUUGCAGCUACAAUCAGUAAAAAAGUCUCAGAGUUUUUCAUUUCACUAUUUAAUGUGUUUUUGAAUUCACAGUUUCAAACUUACUUCCUGUUUGGUUCAGCUCUUUGGAGCGUCACUUUUCUUUGAUUCAUACUUUCCAAACCUUUCCCCUGAACUCGACAGAUUUAAGACAUCAGGUUUCAAACUGGAUCAUUUUUGUCUAAAAUCUCAUUAUUUACUCUUUAUUCAGGUUGAGGAGCUGCAGGUUGACAAAGAUCAGCUGUUCUUCUCUGGCCUCAGCUCUGAAGUCCAACCCCUCCCAUCUGAAAGCUCUGUGGCUGUUAGGCAACGAUCUGCAGUUUUCAGACAUGGAGCUGCUGUGUGAUCUUCAGAAAAGUCCAGACUACAGACUGGAGGAUCUGUGGUCAGUAUAGUUGGUUUUAGUCUGUGCUGAUCUCUCCUGUUACACUCCACACAGUAAAAUGUUGAAUGUUUAUGACUUAAAUCUAAUUUGCAUAAUAAUUUGUAACAGUGUGUUUCCACAGUUCUUUAAACAGUGACACUAAAGAGGUACUUAACACGUGAUUUUAAUUAUAACGGCCUGUCAACACUUGAUGCAUGUUUUUAGCACUGGUUGUACAGUCUUCUGCUGAUGCUACACCACCAUCAUCUCCUAUCAUCACAAUAAUAAGUUUAAAUGUAGAGACUGAAUGUUAAAGAGUGAAAGAGAGUUAGAAAAGACGUUUAUUUUGGUGCAUGUGAGAAAGAAAUGAUUAACAAACAUCUUGGUCCAGAGAAUGAGGCUGAUAUGGAGCACCUCAGGUUAGAUAUUCACAGUAUUAAACUGACCAACAUCCAUGAAACAGGUGAAGAUGAUAAUCAGUCCAGGGGUCUGAAUAUCCACAGCUUAAAGAACAAAAAUAAAGAUGACAAUGAAAUGCAAAGUACAAUGUAUCAAAUGUUUACUUCUUUUAUUCAUAACUCUGUUUUCCUUUAAUUAUGUUGGCAGGUAG